AAACUGUUAGAAACGUCUAAAUGGACCGCGAAGAACCAAUCAGAUGCUGAAGCUGCUGACUGACAAGCCUUUUAACUAAUAACAUUAAGGAACGCCUAAUUGCGUUGACCAAUGGGAAUCGGGAAAUCGUCUUGCGCGCGGAAGAGGAAAGUCAAGCGAACAGAAAAGAGAGAAGAGAGAGUAGCUUUCCAGCUAAACGUGUUUAUUAAUGGAUUUGGCUGGGAAGAGCAUUUCUUAAGUGAGGUCCAGUCUGCAGUCACAAUGCUUCACGUGAAAAUCAAGACCGAGAAGCCAGAUAUUGAAGGUGCCGGUGCCCGAAAUCGACUUGAUGCUGUGUUGCAAGGUCUGGUGGACAAAAGUGACAAUGAGAGAGACCAAAAUGAAGAGGAUGCUGGAAAAAUGGUUGCAGACUCUAUGGGCAAAGACUUAUCUCCAUCUUCUGCUGGGAAAAGGCCAUCGUCUCGUUUUCCUCAACACAGGAGAAAGAAGCGCAAAGAGAUGGAUGAUAGCUUGUCUGAGACCAACCAGCACAAACAAAAUGCAUACAUCAUCAAACUGUUUGACCGCAGUGUGGACUUGGCCCAGUUUAGUAGCGGGACCUCGCUCUACCCCAUCUGCAGAGCUUGGAUGAAGAAUAAUCCCUCAGUCCGGGAAAGAACUGCUGUCAGCCCACCUCACAGUAUGGGAGAGGAAGAGGUAGCAGAUAUGCUGAAUGGAAAAAGCCAAAACAUUUACAACCUUCCUGCUCCUGUUUCUGCUCCUCUUAAUGAAUCUGGAGAGCCUUUAAACCUGAGGGUCCCACCUGUAGAGAAACCCUCAGCAAGCCAGUCCACAGACAGCACAUCGGCUUCUCUCAUGUUUAACCACAUGAAGCGCUGGAAGAAAAUUAGACAGAAAUGGAAAGAGGCGUCUAAUAAGAACCAGCUACGUUACAGCGAGAGCAUUAAGGUCCUGAAGGAGAUGUACGAGCGCUAGCUGACCCUCGUCCUCGCCUUGCAUCGAACAACAGAUAAGGACUAAAGUCUUCAGUUCCAGCCAUCCAGAAAUGGAACUUCAACCGAGUGUUUGGAUAAUUACAGUGAUGAAAGGAAGGAUUGACUGGAAAAGUGUGCAGUUAUUGAUACUGUUGUUGUUUUAAAAGGAUGGUAAAUGAAGUGUAAUGUUUGUAUUGCUGGCAUGUUAGUAGGAAAAGUACUGACAUGCAUACAGUCAACUAAAAAGCAAGUUCCUUAUCUUUUUACCCUGGGCCUCCAGUACCAGUGUUGAGAAACACUUUCAAAUGUCACACUAGCUAUUACAGAACCAGGCAGGUGAACUCUUAUUUAAAAUAUUGGUGAACACUUUUAAUGGGGGAAAAAAAAAAUAAAUGAAUGUUCAUUUUUUUCCAUG